AUGGAAAACAAGAGCCAAGAAACUGCCCAGUUCAUAGUAGAUAAGGUCGGAGAUACUGUAAUAGAGUUUUUGAGAAACACCAACAUUUCCAAGCCUUGCGUAUCAAGUAUAAUUUCGCUACUCAGAGGUUUUGCGAAGACCAAAAAAUGGGCUGUGGAAAUGAUAGAUGCAUCAGGAAAGCUGCCUGAAGGAAUCCUUACUGGCACUGUAACCGCUUUUGGUUCCUAUGACGAAUGUGUUGAUAUCAAACUAAAUACCGAAGAUAACACAGGUGGAUUUAGGGGGCAGUAUUGUACUCUGAGAUUUCAACCUGUUCUACCACCACAUCCACGAUUUCAAAGCAUUGUGAAACGUUUAGAUAUCUUUACGAAUUUUACUUCGUCUGACAAGUAUUUUAUCAAGAGAUGCGCAGUACUUCAGCUAUCUUUCCUUCCGUAUUGGAAUUUGCUUGCCAUCAACCUGUCCAGUGGAAGACAUCCAGAAAUUAUCAGACAGAAGUAUAAAGGCUAUAAUCUUUUAGCUGAAAAUAUAACACAGAAGUCUUGUCGUGAUUUUAGUUGUAAACACGCCGAUUAUGGCAGAAGAGUUGUUCUUCUUGCCGUGUGUUUAUUUACUCUUGUCUCCACGACCAUUGACAUUUUCCUAAGAAAAAUGAAAGGAAAGACGGAGCUCAUUCGUAUCGUUUCCAAACGAACCUCACUGGAAUAUUUCAUGGCUUUCUCUCUUUAUACAAAUUCAAAGAAACUCUUCAGCACAAAGACAAGUGCGCGCACGAUAGGCGCACUUCACGGAAUUCGUCUGAUUUCGAUUUUGUGGAUUAUCUGGGGACACUUAUACUUUUACAUCAAUUACCAGGGUUUCACUGACAGUUUUGGGGCUACUGCUUUUGUGUCUUCUUUCUUAGCUCAACCUUUAAUGAAUGGAACCGUAGCGGUGGAUACAUUCUUUUUCCUCAGACUAGCGCCCCCUCUUGCUUUCGUCAUCUGUCUCACAAUGUUAAUCCCCUUACUGGGUUCUGGCCCUCUGUGGCACGAAAGUAUCGAUCACGUUGUGGAAGGUUGUCGGAAGAAAUGGUGGACCAACCUGCUCUUCAUUAAUAACUUUUUAACCACAAAGGAUGUGCUUCAGCAGGCAAUAGGUUGGAUGCUAUCGGCAACAGGACUAUUGCUGGUGUUGUACGGAACAUAUAAUUGGAACAGAGGCGUUGAAACUGAUCAAACCUCUGUGAUUUUGUACGCUGCAACUCAUAGAACUGUAUGGGCUCUAGCCAUAGCAUGGCUGACAAUGACCUGUAUUUAUGGAUAUGGAGGGUUUCUUAAUACAUUUCUUUCUUGGAAGUUUCUAAUGGUGUUGGAUAGGGUGACAUUCGCUACGUACUUGCUUCAUCCUUUGGUCCAACAAGUCUACUAUAGUCGAUACCGUGUUCAUCUGCCAGAUGACCAUUACGUCAUGGCAUAUAUAUAUUUCGGCACUUUGAUGGUUGUUUAUCCAGCGGCAUUCGUGUUUACUCUUUUCUUCGAAUCCCCAUUUUUGGCGAUUGAGAAGUUAAUGUUGAGGAGACAUACUGAGAAAAGAGGGAUUGAACAACUCAGUUGA